CGGCAGUGGGACCUGGGUCAUUCGUUGAAACGUGUUCGACUCGGACAGAUUGAUUACGGACAGGAUGGCAAUUAAGAUUGUUCUCGUUGCGGCGCUGGUGGCUGCUGUGGCGGCCCAGAAGACGCCCCGCGGCGACCCCGGCGCCGGUGCCGGCGGACCAGGCGGACCAGGCGGACCACCCGGCAGCCACGGAGGACCGCCGGGCAGCCACGGAGGACCGCCGGGCAGCCACGGAGGACCACCGGGCGGUCCCGCCGCCACCGGCACCCCGCCCCAGCUCGGCGAGGACCUCGGCAACGGAAACUUCCUCGUGUCCAAGUUCUCGUUCGGCCGCGCCAAGCCGUUCACCAACCCGCGCUUCCGCGAGGGCGGCGCCGCGGAGAGGCGCGACCCGCAGCACCUGCCACCGGACGCGCUGGCCAGCCUGACGUCGCCGCGCGACUCGGAGCGCAGCGGCAGCAGCAGCAGCUCGCGGCGCGGCUCCUCGAGCGCCCGGCCGGCCGGCCCGACCGCCUCGGACGGUACUUUUGGCACCAACGGGGCCGGCCUGGCGCCGCGGGGCAGUCAGAGGGGUCAGCCCGGGCCGGCCGGCGGCUUCGGGCAGGGCCAGUUCGGACAGGGACAGUUCGGACAGGGACAGUUCGGACAGGGGGCCUUCCAGGGAGCCGCCGGCGGCUUCCCCUCGGCCCCGACGGCGUUCGCCGGGCAGGGAUUCCCGGCGGGAGCGCAGGGAUUCGCCGGACAGCAGUUCGCCCCCGCCGACCAGUUCGGUCAGCAGGCGUUCCUGCCGCAGCAGCAGUUCGGCGGUCAGCAGGCCUUCCUUCCCCAACAGCAGUUCGGCGGUCAGCAGGCUUUCCUCCCCCAGCAGCAGUUUGCUGGCCAGCAGGCAUUCGCUCCUCAGCAGCAGUUUAUCGGCCAGCCCGAUCCUUUCGGUCAGCAGUCGUUCCCGGGCGCUGGCCAGCAGUUCGUCGGACAGCCCGAUCCGUUCGCCCAGCCGGCUCUAGGCGGCCAGCAGUUCGCUCCGGCGGGCCAGCAGUUCGCUCCAGCAGGCCAGCAGUUCGCCCCCGGUGGCCAGCAGUUCGUCCAGGCUGACCCGUUCGGCCAGCAGAGUUUCGCGGGGCAGCCGGCGUUCCCGGCCCAGCAGGGAUUCGGCGCGCAGCAGGGUUUCGCCGGCCAGUUCCCCACCGCUGGCGGUCAGCAGUUCGGACAGCCGGCGGCCGGCCGGACGGCGUUUGACGCCAGCGCCUCGGCGCCCUUCGGGAGCACGGCGUUCGCGGCGGAGCCGAGCGGCUUCGGCGGAGCGAGGGGGAGUUUCGGGCAGACGCGCGGGGCGACUCGGUUCCAGUAGGGAGUGAGGCGGACGAGUGAGGGGUCUUUCACUCCAGAGUGGCGACUGCGCGCUGUCUGUAUGUCUGUCUGCGCUCCCUGUGUGUCUGUCUGUGUGUGGUUGUAUGUCCGGCUGCCUGUCACCGGGCGCUGAGAGCAAGUCAUGUGUUCAAGUCGGGUCUCAUUGUUUUUUCACAUGCAGUGUCCAUGUUUGUCCCCAUUAUGAACAGUUGCUUAUGUAAGUCAUGAAGCUGCCAUUGAGAUAAAUAUUUAUAAACGAUGGUAAGUAUGCUAAGAAUGAUGAAUGAAAAUGAAUAUUAUGAAGGUGGAACUAUUGAGGAUGAUGCAGCACACACUAGUGCUAAAAUACAUGCAUUUGUAAUGUGCAUUUAUGAAUAUACUGACACAUUGAA